GAUCGAUAAACCAAACCCAGAAGCUAUGAGAGUCCACCCAAUUCCCAGAAACCUCAACAACACUUUGAUCCAUCAUCAUCAUCAUAACCCGACCCGAGAACCCGGAAAGAAUCUCCGGCGUUUACCACAUAUCUUCAACCGUGUUCUGGAGCUACCAUUGAGGUCAGAGGCAGAUGUAACAGUGGAGGAGAGACACGACUGUUUUCGAUUCGUGGCGGAGACGGUAGGUCUUUGUGACGGUGAUGGAGAAAUGAGGGCUUAUAUGGUUGAGAUUCAUCCGGGUAUAACCAAGAUCGUUGUUAGGACAAAUGGGUCGUCUUCUCUUGGUUUGUCUUUAGACGAGUUAGAGCUUGACGUGUGGCGUUUUAGGUUACCGGAAUCAACUAGGCCUGAGCUUGUUACUGUGGCUUGUGUUGAUGGUGAUUUGAUUGUUACUGUGCCUAAGAACGCUGAAGAAGAAGAUGAUGAUGAUGGUGGUGGUGAUUUUGGACAAGGUAUGGGUAGUGGAAGGCUAGUGCUUGUUCAGUGAAUCAAGUAAUGUUCUUUAUGUAAUGAUGAUGAUACUCUUUGAGAGAAGACAAAACUCUAAUCUUCCUCGUUUCGUUGAUAUUGUGUAGCCUUCUGUUUUUCUUGCUGGCAAUAAAAGAAAGUUUGAAUU